CCGCAGCGUCGAGGGUUCCCUGCGUCCCCCACCCCCCAGGUCGGUCUCUGUGAGCGCCUCUCUCCGUGUCGGCUUGUUGUUGCCUCAGGAGCUGCGCAGCCCUGCAGAGGAGCCGAGCCGAGCCGAGCCGAGCGGCUGCAGGGACCCGGCAGGCGGCUGCAGGCAGGCGGCCAGGAGCUGGAGCGCCGACGACAGUACACRAAAAACCCAACUCUAACCUUGGGAGUAUUUUACGACCAGACUGGACUACAUUUCCCAUGAUUCCAUACCGGAAGUGGACAUCGGAACGGAAGUCAUGCGAAGGGUGAGCCGACAGGCCUGUGAGGAGGGCCCGGUGCUGGAGGACCAGGAGACGGAGGGUCAGCGCCAGCUGCACAGCCUCCUCCUGCAUCAGCUGCACACCMACGUGGACAUCGACCGAUGUGUGGCCAAGAGGCAGUGCUUCGCCCCGGCAGCUCUCUAUCAGCCGUUUGGGGAGCAGGCAGCCGGAGUGAGAAGCCUCUCCCAGUUUCAGGCUCUGCAGGACGGAGAGAAAGAACUGGCCAGCCUGCGGGAACUGGGCCUCAMUGACGCUGAGAUCCAGCUGUGGCGRAGCAGAGACGCUCAGGAGGCGACAGAGAAGUCCCACGGUGUGUGCGCCGCUCCAGACGCCAGGCAGCAGCGUCUUCAGGUGAUCCGAGACAAGAUGGAAGCCAGAGCAGAGCUCYUGUCCCGCCCCCAACGCUUCGCCUCCAGCCGGCCCCUGUCCCGCCGCCAGAUGGAGAUCGAACAGGCGUUGUUCCAGGGAAACGACCGCCUGGGCUUCCUCACGGCGCUCUACCAUCGAGAUGAAGAAAACAAGAGAAGCCAGCAGGGGGCGUCGUCCUCUGACCCGAUGGACUCCGUCUACAGAGACGUUCUCAGCUGCCAGAAACGAGCUUCACUGCAGGACACAGAGGAACAACACAGCACUGCGUCUGACCAAUCAGGAGGCUCCCAGAGCCACGACAGCCAAUCAGCAGACACGCCUGACCUCCAAGGAGAACUAAGGCCAGGUUCAAACACAUCAGAGCAACYGGAUCGACCUGCAGCCCCGCGCGUUCAGAUCCGUUUAAACCAGCCAAUCGGCAGUCUGUGUGGAGCAGCGGGGGCGGGGCUAGACAGACCUCUGACCRUCAGAGGGAUUAUCGAGGAGCUGACGGACGAAGAAAUCCUGCAGAACCGCGAAUCUGAGGAGGGGAUCCGGAGCAUCCCGAGGUUCAGAAACUACCAGCCAGGAAACCCCUCCAAGGUUCUGUGUGUGAAGAACCUGAGCCCGCAGGCCUCAGUGGCCCAGUUAGUGGCGCUGUUCUCCAGGUUCGAACAGAACWACGGAUCCCCGGUCCUGUACCGACUGCUGACGGGUCGGCUGAAGGGUCAGGCCUUCGUCACCCUGCCAGACGUGGAAACGGCCCAGAAUGCCUUGCUGCUGGUCCACGGCUUCCGGCUGCUCGGGAAACCGCUGGUGGUUGAGUUUGGUCGAGAACGAGAGGAAGAGAAACAGAAGCAGCAGAAAUAAAGACUUUAUUCAUUAUCAUGUAAAUAAAACGAUGAGAAAAUGUCGUUAUAGAUAACAUUUAUCUUUUCUGUCUUUGUUAUAUUAAUAAAUAUUUUUGAUACAA